AUGGCUUCAAAACUUUGAGCAGAUGUUGUCUGUAAUCUGACCCUGAUCACAGAAUUUCUAUUCUGUGCCCUGAUGCAUAGAGUCGUUGUAUAUUUAUCUCUGAUAAGCCAUGAAAGCUGUAACUUAUAUACGCAAUAAAAUCUCCAAGAGCAGUACAUCGCCACUGGUAGGGCUGAUUGUUUGCUUUUUUGGAACUGGAUCUUGGGUGGCCAUAAAUGGACUCUUCGUACAGCUUCCAAUUCUUGUGAAACAUGCUCCUGAAGGUUGGAAUCUUCCAUCGUAUCUUAUCGUUAUCAUUCAGCUUGGAAACAUUGGACCCAUUCUUUAUACCCUUGGAAGAAAGUUUGCACCUCGCGUAGUCAAAGAGACAGUGGUAACACACGUUAUCGUUUUGAUGGCUGCUGUAUCAUGUCUUUUGAUGUCCAUUUUGUGGAGGGACACCUCAGCCAUUGCAGGAAAAGAGCACAGCACAGCACUUCUUGUUCUAGUAUUCUUUCUUGCACUCAUGGCAUGCACUUCAUCUGUAACCUUUAUUCCUUUCAUGGGAAAAUUCAAGUCUGGUUACAUUGUCGCGUUUUUUGUUGGUCAAGGUGUUAGUGGACUUUUGCCUAGUGUAGUUGCUUUGAUUCAAGGUGUCGGGGCUAGUUCAAUCAAAUGUCCUUCAGCAAGACCAAAAAUUGGACUAAACGAUCCUUUGCAGAAUUUAACUUCUUCAAAGAGUAGCAAUAAAAGUCAGCCCUUGACUAAAAUAGAAAGUGAACCACUUUUUUCAGCUAAUGCAUUUUUUGUCUUCAUUUUUAUUGUAAUGUUGUUUUGUGAAAUCUGCUUCAUACUUCUCAACUAUCUACCGAAAGCAAAAAGGGAGCAAGUAAGUUCAGGAUCUAAGAAGAGGGCAAACAGGACAACAGCAGAUGAGCAAAAACCACUGGAGUUCCAUCAUAGACGGGCCAAUUCAGAGACCCAAAACGACCCUUCUGAGCUGCUUGAAUUGGAACUUGCUGGAGUAGACAAAGAUUCCCAAAGCUCUCUGGUUUCUGAUUCUGUUUACACAGAUACUGUAGAAGAUACAAAUGACUCACCAACAUUGUCUAUGAGAAUGAUGUUACUUGUUCUGACAAUACAGGCUUACCUCAAUGCAGUUUUCAAUGGAGUGAUUCCUUCUGUUUUGUCCUAUGCCUGCCUCCCUUAUGGAGAGAAGACAUACCAUCUGGCAGUGACUUUAGCUGCAAUAGCAAAUCCAAUUUCAUCUCUUCUCUACUAUGUGGUUGUUCUUAACUCUGUAAAGUUCAUGGCAAUCUGGACUGGCCUUUAUUCUUGCUUUUGUGUCUAUGUUGUUGCUAUUGCUGCAGAAAGCCCUUGCCCUAUUCUCCAUGAUAAUGUUGGUGGCUCAUUCCUUAUUGUGUUUAUGACAGUUGCAGGGACAGCUUUGGGUGGUUACUUGAGGACAGCUGUGAGCACUAUUCUUAGAAAUCAAGGGGAAAAAGCUCUCUUUUGGUGUGGUAUAACAAUCCAGAUUGGUUCUUUCAUUGGUGCUUUAGUCAUGUUUCCACUUGUCAACAUUUCUAAAGUUUUCAAAGCCAGUAGCUGGUAAGAUAGCAAACUUUGGUAUCCUAUUAGGUAGUGUUUAUAUUUAUGUGAUAUACCUGUGACUUAAAGCAAAUGACAUUAUGUUUUUGUAACCGUAGGUAUUCGAAGUCAAUUAUAUAUCAUAUCAAAUUUCAUUGUUGUAAACUGUUCCUUAAUUACCGUAGGAUUUGUAAAGUAUCACUGCUUCUGGUAUCUAAAAUCAUUAAUUAUAUUUUUAUUCAUUGUAAGCAUCCGUUUGAUCAGCUGUUUAUCACUUGGUGCAAAGAAAAUAAUGUCAAACCAUUUAUACACUGUACUUCGUUUUGGCUUUUAGAGCUUUAGCUAUGUUAUUUGCCAUUGUUUUAUAUCUGGUCUGAGUGCUCUAGCAGAAAGUAUGCUGAAAAUGGACAAAUUAUUUAAAUACCUUUUUUAUUCAUAAAACCUUUGCUAUUAACUCUUGCUCAUCUGAAUUUUACCAACAUAUAAUUAUAUCAAGCAAUUAUACAAUAUGUUGAAUCAUUGACAGA